CCCACGCGACUUAACCGAUUUAGUCAGUUGAGAAGAACAGUCUUAUUACGCGCAUUACAUCGUACAUAGCCUUGUAUCAAAGAUCGCAGAAUAUCUGAAAUUGAUAUUAUAUUUAUAAUAUUCGAUAUGCGUGCGAUUAAGUUAAUUGGCGUAUUAUUUUGCCUCACCAUAGGUCAUUUGGAUAGUGCAUUAGCAGACGAACAAAUCGCAGACUACAUUCGCAAAUGUUGUAUAAGUGGCUUGCGUAAUGCUCGUACCACAAAUGGUUGCGAUAAAAUGGAGUCGGCUGUGGCAAAUAUAUCGAAGCUUUGGCUUGGCUUGUGCUCCUCAACAUUUGGCGUUUGCUGUUCAAGGGAAUUGGAUCGCCAGAACUGUGAACUAGGUCGCCUGGCUGCUUUGGAGGGUUCUUCGUGUAAUAACGGUCAUAAUUUGACUUCAACAUCCUAUACAAAUUGCUGCCGAGCUUGUCAAGUUGGUUUGGCUGUUAAGGCUAGCCAACAAAAGUGUAGGGAUCCAUUGUUUUCAUUUCUUUUGAAUAUUGAUUCGUAUCAGUUAUGUUGCUCCGAUGACGGCUUCUCAAACCCUCCUUCGGAGCCGGAUUCUGAGAAGAGCAAUAAACUAGACUUUAAUAUUGAUCAUGAGGAUCCAGAAGAGGAUAUAGUCGAAAGUCGCGAAAACGUCGAUGGAACAAUUAUCCUAACCGGUGAUGAUGAUAUUUGUGGAAAAAUUCCCAAUCUGUGUGAGCAAGUCUGUAUUAAUACAUACGAUGCGUACAGAUGCAGCUGUAAUCCAGGUUAUAAGCUGAACGAUAAUAAUGUUACCUGUUAUGAGGAAAAAAGCGACAUUUGUCCCAGCGGCUACAUUUUGGAUGGUAAACAAGGGAAAUGUACGGACAUCGAUGAGUGCCAAGAGCAACUGCACGAGUGCAAGGCAACGCAAUACUGCCACAAUACAAUCGGCGGAUAUCACUGUCUCAAUGUGAAGGCAAAGAGUUGCCCAGCGGGCUAUCUCUACAAUGUGAAGUCAGAUGAAUGCGAAGAUGAGGAUGAGUGUAUCCAGUCGCCAUGUGAGAAAGGAUAUAAAUGCUCCAAUUAUCCAGGCGGUUACGACUGUAAUCUCAUUGAGAGUGAAACCUGUGGCACUGGCUUUCACUUAAAAGCUGGCAGCUGCGUUGAUAUUGAUGAGUGUGAGCACAACGUGACCAACUCCUGCAGGAGCGAUAUGCGCCAGGAGUGCAAAAAUACAGUAGGCAGUUAUCAUUGCACCUGCCUGCCCGGCUUUAGCUUGGAUGUAACACAAAACAAAUGCGUGGAUAUAAAUGAGUGCUCAAUUAACAAUCACAACUGCCUGCCAACUCAAAGAUGUGAUAACACCAUCGGUUCAUACAUUUGCACGCGUUGGACAUCUUGCGGCACGGGAUACACAUUGAACGCUGGAACUGGAAAUUGUGAUGAUGAUGAUGAGUGUGCGCUUAAUACACACAAUUGUCCACUGAAUUACGACUGUUACAAUACUAAAGGAUCGUUCCGGUGCCAUAGGAAAAUAACAACAACAACAACAACUACUACUACUACAUCAACAACGACAACUAGUACAACCCCAUCGCCAGCACCUGACAGAUUCAGGGAAGACAAUCCACAUUAUGUGUCAAAUCAGGCUCACAGUCGCUUGAAUUAUGCUGCUAGUUAUUCCACUAACUAUGGAUCGAAUAUGUCUCAAAAGCCCUGCACAGAAGGUUUUCACAGAAAUAAUCUUGGAGCCUGCGUCGAUAUAAACGAGUGCAUAGAGUACAAGCCGUGCAGAAGCCAUGAACGUUGUACUAACACAAAUGGCUCGUACCGCUGUGAGAAUCUUAUGCAAUGCCCUGCAGGAUUUAGAUCAACUCCCGAUGGAACAUCUUGCAUUGACAUCAAUGAGUGCGAGACAGGAGAUCACAACUGUGGCGAAAAGCAGAUUUGUCGAAAUAGGAAUGGUGGCUACAUUUGUGCAUGUCCAACUGGACAUCAGGUGAUUCGUCUGUCGGAUAGUGUCAACAGCUGCGAGGAUAUUGACGAGUGUGCACAGGACGCUCCCGUGUGCUCAUCGAAUGCGAACUGCUACAAUACAAUUGGCUCAUAUUACUGCGAGUGCAAGCCGGGCUUUCAAAAGAAGCCGCUCAGUGGCAACGCAAAUAGUAUGGAUCAGGAGAGCUGGUAUGCCCAUGGCCAAUGCUUCGAUGUCGAUGAGUGUCAGACCAUACCGGGCCUUUGCCAGCAAAAGUGUGUUAACUUCUGGGGUGGCUAUCGCUGCACCUGCAACCAGGGAUAUGAACUCAGCCCCGAUAAUCGCACCUGCAACGAUAUUGAUGAAUGCGAAGUACAUAAGGAUUACAAACUGUGCAUGGGCUUUUGCAUUAACACGGCUGGCUCAUAUCAAUGUUCCUGCCCACGUGGCUACACCUUGGCCUCUGACAAGACGACUUGCCGAGACAUUGACGAAUGUGAAACAACUAGUGAGACUCAUGUGUGCACUGGUCGGAAUGAUAUUUGUACCAAUAUUCGAGGAAGCUUUAAAUGCACCACAAUAAAUUGUCCCACUGGCUACAUAAACGAUGUGGAUCAGAAAAACCGAUGUCGACAAAGCAGUCAUUUUUGUGAGGGUGAAGAAUGUUACACAAAAGCAUCCGCAUUUACCUAUCAUUUUAUAACAUUUGUGUCGAAAUUAAUGAUACCGCCAGAUGGUCGAACCAUUUUUACCCUUCGGGGACCCAUAUGGUAUGACAACAUUGAUUUUGAUCUGAAAAUUAUAAGAGUUCAAGCAGCCCCCAACAUCGAAAGAGCAACAGACAGUUAUUUUGACACGUUAAAAACCAACAAUCAAGUUAAUGUGAUAUUAAAAAAAGCUCUCGAGGGACCACAAGAUAUUGAAAUUGCUUUAAGUAUGACGGUAUUUACCAAUGGAAUGCCUCGUGGCAAAAGUGUUGCCAAGCUGUUCUUGUUUGUCUCGCAAUAUACAUUUUAAUGCACAC